AUGGCCGUAACUGUUCCCUUGAAGCUGCUUCAUGAGGCACAGGGAUUCGUUGUUACCGUGGAGACGAAUAAUGGAGACAUGUACAGAGGGCGAAUGAAGGAGGUCGACGACUAUAUGAAUGUGGUUUUGGACGAGGUAACUGUCACGUCGCACAGCUCCUGCAUGCCAAAGAAGGAGAUUGUUAUCAGGGGAUCAAGCAUCAGAUUCUUCGUUUUGCCACCUGCACUGAAGUUUGCUCCGUUCUUUGGGAAUGCAAAAGCUUGA